UGCUCUUUUUUAGCGGCGGCUAUGGAUAUGGAAUCGCUAGAUUCGUUGAUGAUCCGGGUGGAUGCGCUAGUGACGAGCAUGGUGAUGGGCUCUUUGAGUGAUCAGAAGGACAUGGUACACACGCUGCGGAUUCUAUCCAAGCGCGACGACGAUCACAGGCUAUGCAUCGGCGACGCGGGCGCAAUCCCCCAUCUCGUCCGCCUUCUCUCCUCGCCCGACCCGGCCGUGCAAGAGGACGCCAUCACUUGCCUCCUCAACACCUCCAUCGCGCACGCCAACAAGGGGCGCAUCGUGGAGACGCGCGGCGCGAUCGAUCGCAUCGCCGACACGGUGCGCUGCGGCGCGCGGGAGGAAUCGCGGCAGAACGCCGCCACGACGCUCUUCAGCGUGCUCAUGGUCGAGGAGUACAGGAAUCCAAUCGGCGAGAAGGAGGGCGUGAUGACGGCGCUGCUGGAGCUCCUCCAGCACGAGUCGCCGCGGUCCAGGAAGGACGCGAUCAAGGCCCUCUUCCACCUCUCCCUCUCGCCGCUAAACAAGUCGAGGAUCAUCCGCAAAGGUACUCUCGAGAUCUUGCUGGCCAUGGUGGAGCGUAGGGUUAGAAUCCCAAAGAGGGACGACAGUGGCAACGUCGACAACGCCGCCGCCGACGCUCUCGCGCUGCUCACGCAGCUCGCCUCCUGCGACGAGGGCGUGGCGGCGCUGAGCAAGCCCAAGAUCCUGGCCCUCUUGGUGGAGCUCCUCGAGCCCGGGGAGUCGUCGCGGUGCCGGGAGCACGCCAGCGCCGCGCUGCUCGCGCUGUGUCAAACGGGCGGCGACGCCGUCGUCGAGAAGCUCAUCGAGUUCGAUGUGUGCGUCUCGGCGCUGUGUAGCUUGCUCUCGGCCGGAACGCAGCGGGCAAAGUCCAAGGCUGGAGCACUCUUGCAACUAUUGAUGGUGAACGAAAGGAGUUGACAUGGAAAGGAAAGAUACAACCUCGAGGGACUACCAUUUUUUUUUCUUCUUCCGGUUAACUGGGAGGCUGGCGGCUUCUUGCUUUCACAAAAUAUCAUACACUCCGGUCGACUCC